AUGCCAGGUGUCAAAGUGAUUGCGCCGUGGCGCGAGUGGGAUUUAUUGUCCCGCGAAAAGCUGUUGGCGUAUGCAGAAAAAGCUGGUAUUCCUAUUGAUAUGAAACACAAGGCAGGCGGCGCACCUUACUCAAUGGAUGCCAACUUGCUUCACAUUUCUUUUGAGGGUCGCCAUCUGGAAGAUCCCAAAGCAGAAGCUGAAGAAUCGAUGUGGCGCUGGACAGUUUCACCUGAAAAUGCCCCCGAUACCCCUGAAUUUGUCGAUCUUGAAUUUGAAAAAGGUGAUGUUGUAGCGAUCAAUGGUGAACACAUGAAGCCUCACGAAGUACUUGCCAAACUCAACGAAUUGGGAGGUAAACAUGGUAUUGGUCGUUUAGAUCUUGUUGAAAAUCGCUAUGUUGGUAUGAAAAGCCGCGGCUGCUACGAAACACCUGGUGGGACAAUUUUGCUCAAAGCGCACCGUGGUAUCGAGUCAAUCACUCUAGAUCGAGAAGUUGCACACCUUAAAGAUGAUCUUAUGCCUCGUUAUGCUAGCUUAGUCUAUAACGGCUAUUGGUGGUCACCUGAACGCAAAGCUCUACAAGUUUUGAUCGACCAUACACAACAACACGUGAAUGGCUGGGUGCGCGUUAAGUUAUAUAAAGGUGCGGUGAGUGUUGUUGCACGAGACUCUAAAGACACCUUAUUUGACAAAACGAUUGCCACUUUUGAUGAAGACGGAGGCGCAUACAAUCAAGCUGAUGCAGAUGGUUUUAUUAAACUCAAUGCGUUGCGGAUGAGGAUUGAAACUAAAGCUGGUCGUUAA